UCCACAAGGCUGUGCGUAAAGCGAGUGCCUCAUGGUAGUUGUAGUUCUGCAGUCAGGUACGCUUCCGUGUAGCCUACGUUAGGUGGAGGAAUCUGCUCCGCAAAGACAAACACAUGUGAAAUUAUUGAUCAGGGUUUUGUGAAUUUAUGGAAACAUGUCAAAGAAACGUGGCAGGAAGCGUAGCAGCGGAGAGCUGAGUGAAAGCUCAGCGUCGACCCUGAGCCCAGACCCUGACAAUCUCUUGGGCCGCAGGAUUCAGCACACGUGGAGGGAGAAGGGUAAUGUAACCAAGUGGAAAGGAACCGUUCUGGAGCGCCUCACUGUGAACAGCUCCCUCUUUAUGGUCAAAUAUGACGGCUUUGAUUGUGUCUAUGGAAUCGAGCUCUUUAAAGACAACCGGGUGUCCAACCUGCAGAUUUUAUCAGAGAAAGUUGUGAAUAAUAAGAUCAAGGUGCCCCCCGGGGCUGAGGAGCUGGUGGGUCGGGCAGUGGAGCAUCUGUUUGAGAAGGAGGACGGGGAGAAAAACGAGUGGCGGGGCAUGGUUCUGUCGCGAGCCCCCAUCAUGACCCACUGGUACUACAUCACCUAUGAGAAGGACCCGGUCCUGUAUAUGUACCAGCUGUGGGACGACUACAAGGAUGGAGACCUGCGUGUCCUGCCUGAGUCAGAGAACAAACACCUGCUGCCCGCGGACAGGAAGCCAGGUGAGGAGCCUGAGAGUCUUGUGGGCAAACAGGUGGAGUAUGUCACAGACAACGGCUUGAAGAGGACGGGGCUAGUCAUCUACCAGGUCCCUGCAAAGCCCACUGUAUACUACAUAAAAUACGACGACGAUGUCCACAUUCAUGUCUAUGAUUUGGUGAAGACCACCUAGAACUGACUGUCCGGUUUGAAACUUCAGCUGAUUGGCUGAUAUUUGCUCCAACCAGUCGUUACCUGUUAGUGUUCAAGAUUUCCUCUAGUGGGAGAGAAUGUGCCCACUCUCAAGAGCCCCAACUUAUUUUAUUUUAUUGCCUUCAAAGGCCUCUUGUCACAUACGCAUUACAACACACCUACAUAAUCUAUUUUUCACUUAUAAGUCUACCCAUUAAAUGACCUUUUAUUUCAUUCAGUGUAAAUAAUCAGGUCUCGGACCGCAGCCCAGCAGAUGUGAUGUACUUACUUUGCUUUGGUUAUAUCACAGCUGUUUAGUACAACACUCAAACUCCAAAUUCACACUUCUUUUAUUUUUUUUCAAAGACAUCAUCAAACUAGCAGAAUUCCGUUUUUCUUGCCUAUACAUCUUUUGUUUUUUCUCAGAUUUCCUUUCAGUUAUUUAUUUAAUCGGGAGUAUGUGUGUGUGUGUGCUGCUGGUAACAAAAGAAGAACUUCUCUGCUGUGCUCUACGUCUGUCUCUGGGAAAGCCUUUGGUUCGUUGGAUAUAGAAGUGAUGUUCAUUUGACUCUUGUGCUGAUUUUUCCCCAUCACCGUGAACUCAGUUUCUGUUGAAGUGUUAAAAGGCAUUCAUGAGACCACGUCUCACAUUGUGGAUACUGAAAAAAAUACAGAGAAAUCAUCUUAAAGAAUCUUGUAUCGUAUCUUUGUUCCGUUCCAUCGCGUAGGCCGUAACUUUUCUACAUUACGAUAAAGUUUGAGAAAUGGUCUGGUGUUCACAUCAAGUUGUUUCAAACUGUGUUUGUGCUACGCACCAUUUAUGUAAUGAAAUCAGCUAAUGAUAUUGUAUAGUACUUUGAAUUGAUGUCUUUAUUAUUUGCCAAAAAGAUGAUGAAUGAAAUAUUGUCAAUUGUGACCCUAAAUAUGUUUUUUCUUUCUGUAAAUAUGAGACAUUUUUAUGAACAUAAAAACAAAGCUGC